AUGAUUGUUCGAUCAUUCACAAGAUGGCUACAUCAAUCAUCAACGAAAGUCAAGCCCAAGGAUAAGGGCAUUCCGAAGAAACCAAAGCAUAAUGCCUUCACGUUUGGGAAAUUCAGCCAAUUGAGCCCACCGCCCUCUCAAAAGAGUGACGAUAGCUCCAGCAAACUCGUGAAAAAGCCAGUUUCUGCUACCAUGGACCUGUUACUUAUCUUUCCUACGGUAAGACAGGCAAUGGAAAAGGAAAUCAAAGAGAAAUACUCCCUCAAAUCGACAUAUGUCAAGCUGAUUGAUGACGUUGAAAUUAUACCUUCUCCCAUUCAAGCUCAAGCUAUUCCAAUUAUCAACCUGUCCCGGAUCAAUCGAGCCAAGCUGGAUUCAGUCAAAAUUCAGCGUGAAUUAGAAGGACCAAUGAGAGUAUUCACGAUGGCAGCUGAAACCGGACUGGGUAAGACCUGGGCAUACUUAGCAUCCGUGCUUCUGAGACUUAAAAAGCAUGACUAUGAUACUUGGAGAACGUAUGGUGUUGGUCGGUAUCAGCAGGAAAGAGAAAAACCAUUGGUACGAGCCAUCAUAUUGGUCCCAACAAACGAGCUCGUCGAUCAGGUUUAUGAUACGAUCGCGACGGCGGCACUUGCGCCCAUCGAUCCGACGAAGGUGCCAAAGCAAUAUCAAGAGUUCGCCGCUCUUGAGUCGACGUUGGGUCUUCUGGUAUUCUCAUGGGGGCUGACCGUGGCGCCCACCGAGCUUUUUAAGGAGUUAAAGAAAGGUCGUGUCGAUGUGGUUGUCACCACACCAGCCAAGAUCACAGCCCUUUCCAAGCUCAAAAAUAUUCAUCGUCCCUUCAAGUACUUUUCUCAAGUGAAGUAUUGUGUCGUUGACGAAGCUGAUACCUUGUUUGACAAGCUGUGGUUCGACACGACCACCAAUAUCGUUACAAGAUUGGGACUGCUUGAAGGACUCAUUCUAUGUUCAGCCACCAUUCCGCGAGAAUUCAGUCAAAAGCUCAAGGAAUUGUUCCCAAAUAAGGGAUCGGUUAUCGAAAUAGCAUCGCCAGACCUUCAUAAGCUCCCCAAACAAGUUCAUUUCAAAGUCAUUGAUGCUCUGGAGAGACCCUAUAACAAUCAAAAAAUUAGGGCGUUGGCACAAUGUUUGUAUGCUAUUCAGCGUGACGGUACUGAUCGUGGAUAUGUCAAGCGGGUGGUAGUAUUCGUCAAUGAGCGGGAUGAAGUUGGCAAAGUUGUGAAGCAGCUAAUUGAAAAUUAUCAGUGGAAACCACAAGAUGUGUUAUCAAUCAGUGGAAAUUUGAGUCCAGACCAGCGGCUGGAUAUGAUUCGUCCGUUUGUGUCCGAACCAGAACAAACUUCCGACACCACAGGUGACAGCUCAAUGAAGGUUUUGGUCACCACCGACUUGUUGGCCCGAGGAAUCAACUUUCGCAGCGUUAAGAAUGUCAUUUUGAUGGACCUCCCCAACAAUUCUGUUGAUUUGGUCCAUAGAGUUGGUCGUACGGGACGAAUGAGACAAGCAGGAAGGGUUUUUUUCAUCGUUGAUCGCAAAACUCGCAGAAGUUUUGCGAAAGGUAUUCCGAAAGCCGUUAGAUCUGGUCAGGUCAUUGGCUAG